GUGUUAAACUAGUUGAUAGCUCUGACGUUUCCUCUAAAUGUCUCAUUUUAAAAUAACUUCUGCCUCAGUUUAACUCUGGUUUAGAAGAACAAAGAGAUGUGGAGCCAUCAACACAUCGUCGUCUGCACAGCUCUGAGUUUUGUGAUCAGUGCUGAAGGUUUGAUCCAAGUGUUUGGAUAUGAGGGAAGAGACGUAAAUUUUUCAUGCCACUAUGAUCAGGGAUAUGAAGAUAGCGAAAAAUACUUUUGUAAGAAUGACUGUGGCUCCAGUGACGUUCUCAUUACAACUUUACAGAAAAAUAAAGACAAAUAUUGCAUCACUGAUGAUAUAAAGAUUAGAGUCGUCACAGUGACCAUCUCUGAUCUUCAAUCACAUGAUGCUGGGAAAUACUGGUGUGGAGUCACUAGGUGGUUUAUUGAUACCUACAGUGAAGUAAAACUGCACAUAAAAGAAGACAGAUGCUGCGACACAGUGAAUAAAAUCCAAAGUAUUGAGGAAGGUUCAGUGACCAUCAGCUGUCCGUACGACUCUGAGUCUGUCGACAAGCUGAAGUUCUUCUGCAGAGGAAACCGGCCCUCCACAUGUCGACAGCAGGCAGUGAUCACCUCUAGCAACACACAAAAUGGACGAUUCAGACUCUCUGAUGACAGGAAGUCAAGAAUAUUCACAGUGACCAUUUCCAGCCUGACCCUGGAGGAUUCUGGGUCGUAUCUUUGUGGAGUUCAAAGAAACUCAGGAUUUGAUGAUUUCUCUGCUGUUGAACUGGAGGUCAAAGAUUUCUGUCUGGAGUCGUACCACAUCAGUGGCAUCGAGGGACGUCCAGUAACUCUGCAGUGUCCUAAUUCAGGACAACAACAUGAUAACAAAAAGUUCCUCUGUAAAGGAGACCAACACAACAACUGUACAGACAUGAUGGAGAACCAAACAAAGUUCAAGCUGCUCAAUGUCUCCUCCAUCUGUUUCUCUGUGAUCAUCACUGAACUGGAAGCAGCUGAUGCAGGAACAUACUACUGUGGUUCAGACUCUCAGCUGAGAUUCAUAAAGAUACAGCUGGCAGUCGGUGAGACCAACACAGAGAGAGAUAGA